UUAAUCCUAAUAUGGAUCAUUUUCAACAUAAAGUUUUGAAUUAAAAAUUCAUUCUCACAUGAUAAACAUUUAAAGAAAUAAUCAGGGUGAAAUAUUAACAUUUUAAGGCUGUGAUUUAUUUAUUUCUGCUAUUUCUUUUGAGCACUACAUACUUUUUCUUUAAAAUAAAUGAAAUCAAUCAUUGAGAAUUUUAUAAAACCUGUCGGUCUUCGAUUAUCUUAAACAAAUAAAUAUAUUACUGCGCCACAUAAGACUCUUUUUUCUUCAAAAAAUGGUUUUAGAAACUGGAGCAAUUGCAUGGAUUUCAUCAUUCUUUUCAGCCGCUGCAUGUAACCUUGGUUUUAGGUCAUACCAUUGCAGCAAUUCUAUAGCGACAAGAAUUGUUUAUGCAAUAAUCCUUUUAUUGAAUUCAAUUCUUGCAUGGGUAAUGAUGUCUGAUUGGGUUGUUAAAAAACUUGAAAAAAAAACACAUAAUAACUUACACUUAAAUUGUCCAGAAGGAAGUUGUUUUGGAGUUUUAACGGUUCAUCGAGUUUGUUUUGCGCUUUCAUUAUUACAUUUUAUCUUGGGAAUUUUAGUUAUUGGAGUUAAAGAUAUUCGUAAUCCUAGGUCAACAAUUCAAAAUGGAUGGUGGGGACCUAAAAUAUUAUUAUGGAUAGGCUUUAUAAUCGGUUCAUUCUUUAUUCCAAAUGAAUUUUUUAUGGCCUGGGGAAAUUAUAUUGCGUUAGUCGGAGCUGCAUUAUUUAUUCUUGUCGGUUUAAUUCUCUUGGUAGAUUUUGCACAUACAUGGAGUGAAAAAUGUAUGGACAAAGAUGAUCAAUCUAAAGAUAAUAAAUGGAAGGUAAUUCUUGUUGGGUCAACACUUUUGAUGUUCGCUGGUGCGAUUGCGAUGACAUCAAUAGUAUACGUAUUUUUUGCCAAAUCAGGAUGUUCACUUAAUCAAUUUUUUGUUACAUUGAAUUCCAUAUUAUGUGUCAUUGGAACUUUACUAUGUAUACAUCCAAAAAUUCAAGAAGGAAAUCCUCGUUCAGGGUUACCACAAGCAUCGAUGGUAGUAAUUUAUUGUGCUUAUUUAAUAUUAAGUGCAGUGGCAAAUGAACCUAAAACUGAAACUAAUGGUGAAAAAGUUGCAGCACAUGAUAUGUGUAAUCCAUUAUCUUCACAUAAAACACGUAAAACAUCAAUUAUUAUUGGGGCUUUAUUCACCUUUAUCGCCAUUGCUUAUUCAACUUCAAGAGCUGCGAGUCAAGGAAGAUUAUUAUUAACAAAUAGUUCUUCCACUAAGGAUUAUAAAUAUCGCCGUGUCAACAAUGAUGAUGUUUCCGAUAUGAUUCCUUUGACGAGUAACGAACCCAAAGAUGAACCAUCACUACCAAUAUCAAAAAAUUAUUCUCAAAUAACCAUGGAUUCCGUUCAAAAAGAAAUUCUUCCUCCAUCAGCCUUGGACGAAGAAGCGGAUUAUCCCAUGGAUGAUGAAGACUAUGAUGUUAAUUAUAAUUAUACAUUUUUCCAUUUUAUAUUUGCAAUUGCUGCCAUGUAUGUUGCUAUGUUAUUAACAGACUGGAACACUUUUACAAUGACAGGCAAUGAGAAAUUAGUCGUUAUUGGUCGAAGUCAUACAAUUGUUUGGGUUAAAGUUAUCUCAGGAUGGGUUUGCUUUUUAUUAUACUAUUGGUCUUUGGUCGCACCUGCUUUAUUUCCUGAAAGAUUUGCCGAUUAUUAUUUAUAAAUUACAUUUCCGUGUUUCGAAAUAUAAUCGGCUAUAUUUAUGUUAUUUGAUAAAAUUAUUUUUAUCUCAAUGAAACGUUAUUAUUUAAAAGAAACUUUUCUGCAUUACGUAGGUAUUAUAGAAAUCGAUUAUUUAAAAAUUUUAACUUAUUGUAUUUUAUAAAAAAAAAUUGAAGCCAUAGAAUUUUUUUAUUUGUCUUUUUUUUUUUU